GGUGGCAGUUGGGGCAGUUGAGGAGGCGGCGGCGGUGGCGGCGGUGGCGGCGGUGGCCGCAGCUCCGCGCACAGAGGCUCCAGAUGGAAGCGGCGCCGGGGCCCGGGCCCGGGCUCUGCUGCAAGCCUGGCGGGCGGCUGGACAUGAGCCACGGCUUCGUGCACCACAUCCGACGGAACCAGCUCGCCCGGGACGACUACGACAAGAAGGUGAAGCAGGCGGCCAAGGAGAAGGCGAGGAGGCGGCACACGCCCGCGCCCACUCGGCCCCGAAAGCCCGACCUGCAGGUGUACCUGCCGCGACAUCGAGAUGGCUCUACCCACCCAAGCAACCCAGACUGUGAGGAGUCUGGUGAAAGCAGCACUAGUGGCAGCUCUGAGCCAGAGCCCCCUGGCCAUCAGCUCUUCUGCUUAGAAUAUGAGGCGGACAGCGGAGACGUCACUUCAGUUAUCGUGUAUCAGGAUGAUGAUCCAGGAAGGGUGAGCGAGGAGGUGUCGGCACACACGCCUCUGGAGCCACCCAUGCAAGAGGCCCUCAAGUUGCGCAUCCAGGAGGAGAUUGCAAAGCGCCAGAACCGACACUGACCAGACUGGAGUCGCUGUCCAGGGAGCCGCCCCUAGUUUGGGGGUGCCAGGACCGGUCUGAGCUGAUCUUGAGGACCGGUCCCUCCGCCCCAGAGCUGCCACAUCCACAGGAAAAGGGUGUCACAGGGAUUACGCCUGGCCACCUCCCUUGUAGCCAUCCUUUCUCGUAUAUUGGCCCAUUUGAUCAGCCUAAUGUUCUGGACGUUUUUGAGAAUUUUGUUUGGUUAGCUUGGUGUUCUGGAAGCAAAGAUUCCGGGGAGAGAUGAGGCUUAUGAGACCUUCUGCCAACGUGCUGCUUUCUCACCAAGGUCACAUGCCCCAGGGCAUCUGACCACGCUGUUCCGCCCAGCUCCAUAAGCCCCGUUUGUUAUUUUAUGGUUCCUUUCUUCUGUGUUUCUGUUCACUUCCAUCCGUGCUUUCCUAGAUCAUGUUUUCAACUCUGUUUCUUUGUUCUUUUCUUUCCUUCAUCUUUUUUGUCUCCCAAUCCAUCAGUUCCACCCCGCCCCCCACCUCCCAGUGUGACUGCGUACCUACGGAUGCUCAGGACUUUGGAGAUGGGGUUCUGGGGUCUACCUUUCUGACCAUCUCUCCCAGUAAUUCUGAUACCAGUCAAGGAGGAUGAUCUUCUUUGACGCCUACUUGUGAGCAUGUCUUCCUCCCCUUCCAUGGUUUUUGCAGGUUUCUCCCAUGCUCCACCACUUCACACGGUCUAGGGAAGGAGAUCUAGAAAGAUGAUGCCAGAACUAAACUGUUAGGAUUUCUUGCAGCAAAACCUGCCGGGGUUCAGACUACAGAAUUCCAGCUUCCAACCUCAUCCCUAGCUGUGAACAGACCAUCCUCUGCUCAGGCUAAAAGGGAAUUAUCAAAACAAGCCUGAAACCGUGUUUCCAAAUGUGAUUUAACAGCCUUGAAUGUACAUACAAAGGGAAAUUCAACACUAGCAAUAAUUACCUGUUUCAAGCCCUAGUUGGGAAAAAAAAAAAAAAAAGCCUGAAGAGAGCCCUAGAGGGAGUGAAACAAGCCUCUUUCAUCUGCCCUUCCCCUGCUCUGUGCUUUCUCCUUUCCUACCUCCCAAGAGUAUAGAGUAUAUAAAACUCCCAAUAGAUCCUGAGAAUAAAGAUCCCAGGAAUAUCACUGCUUUCACCUAAGUGAACAUUUUUCCUAAUGCAGGUUUGGGCUACAGUCUGAGAAAUCCACAAGCAAUCCCAUGCACUGCAAUUCCAAGCCACUUCAGUUUUCCAGCAAAUGGGCCUAACCUCA